CCACGUGCGCUGCAGCGGAGCCGCCGCUCGAGACGAGGCGAGAGGGGGUCGAGACCGCGUGGAAGGGAGACGAGGCGAGCGCGGCGUGCACCAAUUCCCCGCAGCACUGAACAGAUCGGCAGUGAUUGUGGAGCACUGAGACGCCGCAAUGUCAACAAGGCAUCUCGCCGUCCGAGAAGACGGCGGCUGCAAGUACUAGGGGGCAAUGGUUUUAGAAAAAGUGAGGUAGAGCAGCUUCUAGCGACCGGCUACGACGCUCAUCCGCAGAUGUAAAUGGAGCCAGAACCGAAGAAGCAGAGGACGGAUGAGGAGGGUGCAGCGAAGUGGCACGCCGUCCCCGUGCUCGUCGACCACCUCGUCAGGAACGAGGUGCCUACACAGCCCGCGUACGCCGCCCCCAUCCUGGACAAGCGCGCCACCGCGCGGCUCAUCGCCGCCAUGUGCCGCCUCUACCCGCUCGAGGGUCUGCAGCACCUGAAGAGGGUGCGCGGCACACUCGACGCAUCCAAGGCGCACGCCCUGGAGAUCCUGCUGUGCCUGACGCGCGACCUGCCGGCCAACCACAAGCAGCCGGUCCGCCUGGCCGACGUAAUCCCCGACGACGGCAGCUUCGCCGAGUACGCAGCGCUGGGCCUGCCGUUCGGUGUGCUGGUGCCUCAAAGCCCCCCACUGACGCGGCCGCAGUUCGAGUUCGCCUCUCGCUGCUGGCCGUGCUCGUUCCACGAGCACAAGCGGCUGUCGCUGCUGCUGAGCGGCGAACCAUUCAACGACGCCGACAAGCGGCGGAUGGAAGCGCACAUGGGCCGCGCGCUGCAGGCUGCCAGGGCCGGGCUGGCGCGUGGCACGCGGCCCGUCGGGGCCGCCGUGGCGGACUCCCGCACGGGCGAGGUGGUGGCCGUGGCCCACGAUUGCUGCUCGCCUGAGCGGCCGUUGCACCACGCGGUCAUGGUCGCCGUGGACUUGGUGGCUCGCGGCCAAGGCGGCGGCGCCUACUCGUACGACGAGUUCCCGGAUUGUGUGUGCGUCGGUGCUGGUCGAGGGGGAUCGGCCGGCACGGAGGACGAUCGCGGCACGACUGAGGUCGCGGGGGGCGGAGGUCAUGAGAUUCCGUCAGAAGAGGAGCCGUACUUGUGCACGAACCUGGACGUGUUUGUGACGCAUGAGCCGUGCGUCAUGUGCGCCAUGGCGCUGGUGCACUCACGCGUACAGCGGGUUUUCUACGGCACGCCAUUGCCGGACGGCGCCUUGGGCAGCGCCUACAAACUGCAUGCCAACGACAACCUCAACCACCGCUUCGAGGUCUUCCGCGGCGUGAUGGAGGAAGAGUGCCGACAGCUGAGCUCUGAGAUCAGCUGAGCCCGUGGCUCAUGCACAUGGACAUCAGGCUAUUAAAUCGUAUUGCUCUUUCAUUUAGUAAUCGCCAUAUUCACGUUUCAUGGCCAGGCAACAUUGCACCCUUGAGCUCUCUGUUGUGUUUUGAGGUUGUAAUGUGUGUUGAUCGACACAAUGUCUGAAGUUUUGCUCAACAUUGGGUGUGAAAUUUCAGACAUCUUGCCAAACAACACACUAUACACCCCAAACAACACACUAUACACCCCAAACAACACACUAUACACCCCAAACAACACACUAUACACCCCAAACAACACACUGUACACCCCACACAACACACUAUACACCCCAAACAACACACUAUACAC